AAGUCCGCCGCGUCCAAGGCCGCGAUCCUCGACGCGCUCCGCGACCACCGCUACUUCUCCGCCAUCCCGACGAAGGAGCUGCUCCGCAUGGCCAAGACGACGUUGGAGGUCCGAACCUACGCCGGCGCCAACAUCCUCACGCAGGGCGAGCACGGCGACGAGUUCUACGUCCUCGAGUCCGGCGCCGCGGAGAUCCUCGUCGACGACGUCAAGGUCGGCGCCUACGGCGCCGGCGCGACGUUCGGCGAGCUCGCGCUCCUCUACCGGGCGCCGCGCGCGGCGACGAUCCGCGCCCUCGAGGACUGCCGCUGCUGGGUCGUCGACUCCAAGACCUUCCGCAAGGUCGUCAUCGACGCGCGGCGCGCGCAGGAGUCGUCGCGCGCGGACUUUCUGCGGAAGCUGCCGCUCUUCGCGGACUUCGACUUCGUGUUCCUGAGCCGGCUGGCCAACUCGCUGGAGACGUGCCGCUUCCAGCGGGGCGAGGCCAUCAUCCGCCAGGGCGACGUCGGCGAGUCCAUGUUCAUCAUCGAGGCGGGCGCGGUCAAGGUCGAGCAGUCCGCGGGCUUCCGGACGCGCCACCUCGUGACGCUCCGGCCCGGCGACUACUUCGGGGAGAUGGCGCUGCUCCACAACCUGCCCCGCGCGGCGACGUGCAUCGCCGAGUGCGAGGAGGACGAGGUCGUCAAGUGCGUGUCCAUGCGCCGGUCGCACUUCGAGAGCCUCUUCGGCAACCUGAAGGACAUGAUGGAGCGGCAGGUCAAGCGGCGCAUCCUCAAGUCGCUGGUCAUCUUCGAGGCCGUGUCCGACGCGGCCAUCGACGUCGCCGCGGAGAAGAUGCGCGUCGCCGAGUACGCGCGCGGCGACUCCAUCCUCAAGAUCGCGUCGCUCCUGGGCCAGGGCGGCUUCGGCCGCGUGCUCCUCGUCGAGCACAAGCACCCCCACAAGCUCAUGGCGCUCAAGGCCAUGUCGAAGAAGGCCGUCACGGACGCGAAGCAGGAGAAGACGCUCUUGGCGGAGCGCGACUGCAUCGAGAAGUUCGACCACGCGUUCGUCGUCGGCUUCUACGGCGCGUUCCAGGACCGCGACUUCGUCUACCUCGCCAUCGAGUACGCCGCGGGCGGCGACCUCUACAGCUUCAUGUACGAGCGCGAGGAGCAGUCGCGCCGGUUCCGGGGCCCGCUCGGCGGCCUCGACGCGCGGACGUCGCGGUUCUACCUCGGCUGCAUCGCGCUGGGCCUCGAGCACCUCCACGGCCACCACGUCGCCUGGCGCGACCUCAAGCCGGAGAACAUCCUCUUCGACCCGCGGGGCUACGUGAAGCUCAGCGACUUUGGCUUCGCGAAGGAGUUCGACGCGCGGACGUUCACGCUCUGCGGCACGCCCGACUACCUCGCGCCGGAGAUCGUGCUGAGCCAGGGCCACGACAAGGCCGUCGACUUCUGGGCGCUGGGCGUUUUAGCCUACGAGCUCUGCUACGCGCGGACGCCGUUCGCGCACGACAGCCAGGGCGAGCUCUUCCAGAACAUCCUCCAGGCGUCGACGCUCGUCCACGAGGACGACACGUGGCCGGGGCCCUGCCCGGCCGACGUCCGGUCCCUCGUGACGGAGCUCCUCCACACGCAGCCGUCCUUCCGCCUCGGCAACGGCGCGAACGGCUUCGCGUCGAUCAAGCGCCACGCGUUCUUCCAC